AUGAAGUCACUUAGAAACUCGUUGGAGUAUACAGCAAUGCCAGCUCCAAAGAGGUUACGUGAGUUGGUAAGAGACAUACGAUCUGCUCGAACGGCUGCUGAAGAACGCGCUAUUGUAAACCGGGAAUGUGCGUUAAUAAGAGAUAGUUUUCGGGAAGAAAAUAACACUUACAGGUGUCGUAAUGUGGCUAAAUUGUUAUAUAUUCACAUGCUGGGAUAUCCUGCUCAUUUCGGUCAGCUUGAGUGUCUUAAACUGGUCGCUUCCUCACGUUUUACUGACAAAAGAGUUGGUUAUCUCGGAGCAAUGCUUCUACUUGAUGAACGAACAGACGUACAUUUAUUGGUUACAAAUUCGCUUAAGAAUGAUUUGAAUCACCCUACACCCUAUGUUGUAAGUUUAGCUCUAUGUACCUUGGGGAGUAUAUGCUCUGCUGAAAUGAGCAGAGACCUGGCUGGGGAGGUUGAACGCUUGAUCAGGUCAUCGAAUGCAUAUAUAAAAAAGAAGGCGGCAUUAUGUGCUUUUCAAAUUAUUCGAAAAGUGCCUGAUCUCAUGGAGAUGUUUAUACCUUGUACACGUUCACUUCUCACCGAAAAGAAUCAUGGAGUUUUGCUGGCUACUAUUUGUUUGAUUCAAGAAAUGUGCGAACGUAGUCCGGACACACUGAGCUAUUUCCGUAAGCAAUUAGUUCCUACAUUGGUACGUACGCUGAAGAAUCUCAUUAUGACGGGUUAUUCUCCAGAUCAUGACGUAAAUAAAAUAAGCGACCCUUUUCUUCAAGUUAAAAUACUUAGACUUAUGAGGGUUUUAGGUCAUGGCGACAAAACUGCAAGUGAAGCGAUGAAUGAUAUUCUAGCACAAGUUGCAACGAACACGGAGACGAGUAAGAAUGUUGGCCAUGCUAUUCUUUACGAAAUUGUUUUGACUAUCAUGGGGAUUGAAUCAGACCCAGGACUGCGCGUUCUUGCAGUUAACAUAUUGGGUCGAUUUCUUCUGAAUACGGAUAAAGAUAUACGUUAUGUGGCACUCAAUACUUUGUUGCGUGUUGUUCACGCAGACUCUAAAGCCGUACAAAGACAUAGAUUGACAAUCUUGGAUUGCUUGAAAGACCCUGAUAUUUCGAUUCAAAGGCGCGCUAUCGAUUUAUGCUUUGCAUUAACAAACCAUACAAAUGUUUGUGCAAUGGUCAAGGAGCUUCUGUUGUAUUUAGAUCGUUGUGAUAGUGAAUUCAAAAGUGAUGUCUGUUCAAACAUUUCAAUUGCAGCGGAGAAAUAUGCUCCAAAUAAGAGAUGGCAUACAGAUACUAUGAUGAAAUUGUUGACUACUGCCGGUAACUUUGCACGUGACGAUGUUGUCUCAUCUUUGGUUAGCCUGAUCUCUCAAAAUCCUAAUCUACACGCUUAUGCCACUGUCCAGCUGUUCAGCGCUAUGAAGGAAGCCAUGUCACAACAGCCUUUAGUCCAGGUUGCUUGCUGGACAAUUGGAGAGUAUGGUGAUCUACUUGUUUCCCCUGAACCCUCUGAGGACAAUCCAACUCCAGUUACAGAAGCUGAAUUGAUCAGUGUACUACAACGUGCCCUUAUUAGUGUAACAUCCACUGUCCAGACAAAACAAAUGAUCAUAAAUGCACUUGUUAAAUUAACUACUCGCUUUAGUUCAGCGCACUUAGAGAGACUUAAGGAGUUGAUAAAGUUUUAUUCUACUAAUGUUAACUUGGAGCUUCAACAACGUUCUGUUGAAUACAGUAAAAUUUGCUGUCAGCCUACUAGUAUACGUAAUGGUUUACUAGAUUGUAUGCCAGUGGUACCGACAAAGGCUUUGUCAGGAACCUCAAAUCCAGACAAUGAAAGCCGAACAGUAUAUGAAAGUGAUCCUAACGGGCUCGGAAGUGUAAAUGCAAGAGAUACCGAAGGUUUGUUGGUCAAUGGGUCAUCUACUCAAAAUCAGCCACUUACCAUUUUUGACUUACUGGGUCCAGAAAAUGAGUCUGAUUCUAAAAACGGAGCCUCGAACGCAACCGUGACCCAUCCUGCGACUGGUGCUCAUUUACUAGAUCUUCUUGAUGCGUUCGCUCCAUCUGGAAAUGUUGUACCCUAUAACGCCCAGUGUGCAUCGGGUCUUUCAAACGACUUGUUUGGUUCGACGAAUGGUUUUACUACCCCUGUAAUUCAACCUGCUACUCAACCAUCUCUUUUGGAUUUCAACUUUGCCGGGAUUCACAUACAAAUCAGGUUUUACAGAUUCCUCCACUCACUAUCUACAAUAAUAAUGAAAUAA